CACUCUUUCUCUUCCCUCUACCAAUCUUCUCUCUACCUUCCAGAUUCUCUCUCUCUCUCUCUCUCUCUCUCUCAUACACUCUCUUUCUCUCUCUCUAUACACACACACACACACACAUACAUAUAUAUAUAUAUAUAUUAUUAAUCUCUGUGUGUAUGUGCAUGGCUAAAAGACUGUAAACCUUCACUUGAAUGCCCCUCAGAGGGAGACAUCAGCAUGACAACUUGCACUAGUACUUUUUCUCCUCUUUUUUAACCUCACCCUUCUUUCUCUCUUUUUUUUUUCUGCUCUCUCUUCUCUCUCUCUCUCUUCCUUCUCUUUGUCUCUCACUCCCACUUUAUAUCCACUGUAUCUUUUUCUCUCUAUCCCUCUAUUUAUACCUUCCUUUCCUUCCCCCAAAAACCCCCACUUAGCUUACUUCACUAGCUUUUUCCUUUGAAUUUUUUUUUUUAACUCAUUUUUUUUCGAAAAACACUUUGAACUCAGAGAGGGCAAAAAAUGUCUCCAGCUGCUAAUUCAUCAUCACCAUCGUCAUCAACAUCAUCUAGAUGGUGUCCAACUCCAGAGCAGCUGAUGAUCCUUGAAGAAAUGUACAGAGCUGGAACAAGAACUCCCAAUGCUUCUCAAAUCCAACAGAUCACUGCCCAUCUCUCUUUCUAUGGAAAAAUUGAGGGUAAGAAUGUUUUCUACUGGUUUCAGAACCACAAAGCCAGAGACAGACAGAAGCUUAGGAGGAAGAUUUAUAAGCAGCUUCAGCAGCAGCAAUUGCUUCAUCAUCACCAGAACCACCAUUUUCUUGGUUACUCUGAAUCUCCCUCUGCUCCUGCUGCUUUUCAACAGCUUGCUUGUUAUAACUCACCAGUAUCCCACAUUCCCCAGGUUGGAGUAGAAGAAGCAUCGCCGCAGUUGAUGAACUACCCGUGGAAGGUGGAAAUAGCAGAGAGGAUUGAGAUGGAGAAGACCAUGAUGAGAAUGUACGGCCGUGAUUGGAUGAUGAUGAUGGAUGUGGGCCCACCUUCUUCUUCAGCAUGUUGCAGUGGUAAUGGUAAUAGUAGCAGCAGACCUCUCAAGACCUUACAACUCUUUCCCAUCACUGCCACUAAUCUCAGAGAAGAAGAAGAGUGUACAAGAUUGUCCUCUAAGCAUCUCAACCCCACCAACUCAAAAUCCAUAUGAUCACUGCAUUCUCUCUCUCUUUCUAGGAUAUAUACUAAACCUAUAUCUAUAUGUGUAGGUUUUUGAAGUGUAAUAUCCAUAACUUUUUUUUUUUUUUUUCCUGGGGUUCUGUUAUUUGUCUAUGUUUGUGGUUAUAGGUUGAGAAAGAUCUUAAGUGUCUAAUGAGUAAUAGGUGUACUGGUUUCUACAGUCUUAUUACUACACCUAGUUAAUGAAUGCCUUUUUUAUUUUCU